AUGUCCAUUGCUCUCGCUAGCCCAUCUCCCCAGACUGCUCACGAUUCUACCUCAGGCCUUGGGUCCAUGGGCCUUCCCAUGGCUGUGAACCUACAGACGCAUCUCCAGUCAACAUCUGGAUGGCCUCUCAACUUCACCAACCGCACGCUGUCUCGCGGUGAUCCGUUACUCCAGCUCGGUGCGGCAUCGUGCCCUUCUGUACCGGACGUCGUAGCGCAAUCCGACAUCAUCUUCCUGUCGCUUAGUGAUGAUGCCGCUCUCGGGGCUACAAUCGGUGCCAUUCUCAACGCUGAAAGCAGUCUCGACGGCAAAGUGUUCGUCGACACGUCAACUGUCCACCCCGACUCUUCGGCCAAAUCAGAACUCUUUCUCAAAAAGAGAGGGGCCUCCUUUGUUGCUUCGCCAGUGUUCGGUGCCAGUCCGGUCGCUCAGACGGCCCAGCUUCUAUUCGUGAUCGCCGGACCGAGCGCAGCCGUGGAGUCGAUCAUGCCAUACGUGACCGGUGUGAUGGGCAGGGGCGUGAUCCGCUUGGGUGAGGACGUCCGCCAAAGCAGUCUCCUGAAGACAGCGGGAAAUUUCAUGACAGCUGGCAUGAUGGAGCUCAUUGCCGAGACACACGUCUUUGCUGAAAAGGCGGCCCUCCCGAGCGACGCCGUAGCCACGCUCCUUAAAGAGAACUUUGGACCUCUCGCGCACACCAUGUCGGAGCGCCUAACCCUAGGAGCCUACUGCCCCCCGCCCGGGCAACGACCGUGGUCAGAUCUGAAUCUUGCGGUGAAGGAUGUUGGGCACGGUGUCAAGUGCGCUGAAGACGUGGGCGCAAAACUGCACAUUGGCGAGGUGGUGCUAGAGCACCUAAAGGAGGCGCAGAAAGAAGGGCGACCUCUGGAUUCAUCGAGUCUGUAUGGAGUGCUGCGGCGGGAGGCAGGAUUGGAUUUCGAGACGGAUUUCGUAAAGAAGAGGGAUGGCGUGCAGUGA